AUGGUACUCGAUGCCAUUAAAUCUCAGUUAUCGUGGGGACCAGUCGCCGAUCAUGAACGCGAUUAUGAUUCUCGCCCUCAGAACCGCUUCCGCCUGGUCCGGGCUGUUAUAUCCUUGCUGAUUAUCGUCUGCAGCGUGCAAGCUUUGACCAGGAUAUGGACUGCAGAUAGCUAUACCAAGCCUUUGAUGAAUACGGAUUCGCUGACUGCACAAAGCAGUGAUUUCGAUUGGGUAUCUAUUUCUCCAUCUAAUAAUAUAAUCUGGACGCCAUGCUAUUCUGGGCACCAAUGUACGCGUCUGCUCCUCCCGCUUGAUUACCUUUCGCCUGCCACCGUAACUCCCAAUGUGACCAUUGCUCUUCGCAUGAUUCCUGCUACCGACAAGGAGAACUAUAAAGGAACCAUCAUGGUCAAUCCUGGUGGCCCCGGAGGUUCUGGCACCGCAUUUGUAGGCACUACUGGUGCGAAUAUCUCGCGCAUCGUUGGCGGGUCCUAUGACAUACUCGGCUUCGACCCUCGCGGAGUCGGUGCAAGCACACCAUCCUCAGCCUGCUUCGACUCUGAGGCAGAGCUCCGGAUCUGGCUGCUCUCAGCGGCGCACAUCCUUCCGAAUCUCACUGAUGACUCAAUCAACUUGGUACGCUCCCGCGAACGGGCAGCAGCGCAGGUUUGCGCGAAGGCUCUGAACGGAACCGGUGAGGAAGAGGCGGGAGGGACGGCAGAAGACUGGGGCAUUGGACGAUUCAUGAGCACGGCGAGCGUUGCUACCGACAUGCUAAGAAUCACCGAGAAGCUAGGACAAGAUAAGCUACUAUACUGGGGAUUCAGCUAUGGUACGAUCCUUGGGCAGUACUUCGCAGCAAUGUAUCCGGACAAAGUCGGACGCAUGGUCAUCGACGGCGUCUGCGAUGCGAACAAAUACCGAUCCUCAAUCUGGAACACCAAUCUCGUCGAUUAUCACAGGAUUGUGGACUCAUUCUACGUGUUCUGCCACCAGGCCGGCCCAGAUAAGUGCACGCUCUAUGAGCCAUCGGUCGCUGCGAUCGGUGCUCGCGUCGAUGCCAUCUUCAAGGCCGUCGAAGAUGAGCCCGUCGAGAUUCCCUUCACUGACUACGGCCCCACCGUUCUGACGAAGCGAACGCUAUACGAGCUGGCAUUCAUCAUAUCGUACAAGCCGAUUGUAUUUUUCCCGUAUCUCGCCGAUCUUCUCGUGGCUGCAGAGAGAAAGAACCAGACGGCGCUCGCCACACUUAUGCACAAAGAACUUCCGGGUUUCAGGUGUGACUGCAAGCAAACGCCGUUCUGGGAGGCCACCAACUCGGCAUUUAUGGCGGUCGGGUGUGGGGAUGGGGAUCCGGUGGAGUACAAUCCAGAGACACACAGACAGAACUUCGCCGGCAUGUACGAGAUGGCGCCGACGGCUGCGCCGUUCUGGGACUGGCAUCAUUUGCGCUGCACUGAAUGGCGUGUGCGCCCGAAGUGGCGGUACACAGGCCCGCUCGCGGUGGAAGGCACGGCACACCCAAUGUUACUUAUCUCCCCACGGUACGACACCGUCUGCCCGCUCGCGCAUGCACAGGACGUGCACACGCGAUAUGCUGGGUCGGCACUCCUUGUGCAAGACUCUUACGGGCACUGUUCGACCUCGGCGCCUUCGCUGUGCACUGCGAAAUAUCUGCAGGCCUACUUCGAAAAUGGAACGCUGCCGGAGGAAGGAUCGGUGUGUAAGCCAGACGAGCUGCCGUUCGUAGGCAUGGUCAAUGAGACUCGAGCAAGCAUGAUGUCAGUGGAAGACAACGAGUUGCUGGACGCGAUCAGAGGACUUAACGAUGGGAUUGCUACGUUUGGAGUGUGA